AUGAAUGGCAAUACUAGAUAUGAUGGUUUAUUUCAUCGGGACAAUAAAGCUGGUUUAAAUAAAGUCAAUAAUGAUGAUUUUGAGUUCUCCGGAAAUUAUGAUCAAUCUGACAUCAAUUAUUUGAGCGAAAAGAUAACAAUAUCUAUUGGUGAUGAAAUUCGUGAUUCGUCUUUAUUUUUGUCUUCAAUGAAUGAUACAUUUUCUAAUACAAACGUUACAUUACGUGGAAUAAUGAAAAAUAUGAAAUGCGUAGCAAAACAACAAAAUAUUGGAUGGUUUCAUUUUUUUUUAUUUAUUUUUUUUAUCUGCAUUUUGUUUUGGGGAUUAUUGUAUUUUCGCUUUUGA